UUGAAGAAAAAGGGGGACUGUUUUGUUGGGUUUCAUUUUAUUUUUUUUUUUGUCUGCUUUAUAUUAUACCCACUUCUUCAGCUGCAGGACCUUUAAGCAGUGAGGAAGGUGCGUCAGGAGACCGUCGAGCAGUAAUUUGACUAUCAUUAGUGUAUGGAAAAUGAGCACGCCAGGACACUUUCAUAGGAGUUAUUCAAAGGAGAUUUUGAAGGAGAGCUGUUUCAUUACAGUCUAAUGGAUCACCGAACUGUUUUGCUGGUGUUUCUCUGCUUUCUGGUCACUGUGCGCUCAGAAGUGCAGAAAGAUUUUUCACCCGAAUGCCGUGAAUUUAUGUACAUGGGCACCGCCCCACGGGGUCUGGAGAACCGCUCACUCAAAAAGAUCUGUCAGCGUUAUAACGGCAAGCCUCGGUAUGUCACUCUGUAUGAUGUCGUGGAUCACAUCCCGGUGUAUUCCGCCUACACUUUCAAACGCUCCGAUGGCUUCAAGAAGGUUGAUGUUCCUUGGAUGUUCGAGCCUCAGCUCUCCACAUCAUCAGAAUCUGGUGAGAUGCAGCCAUUUCCUCCCAGCGAUUUCCACGACAGUUUUUCAGACGCCCAGGCCGUCUUGGAAGACUACUCAAACAUUGUCAAUUUCGAACGAGGCCAUUUGAACCCCGACGAGCACCAGGCUCACCCCGACGACAAGGCAGCCACUUACACCCUCACCAAUGUGGUCCCACAGGUCCGCGAAUUCAACGUGGGCUACUGGAAACAACACGAGCACAUCAUCCGCCGUCGACUCAACAACUACUGCCGCGGUAAGGCGUACAUAGUCACCGGAGUCACCACAUCUGGUAGGAUGAUCCGUAGACACAACAUCGACCGAGUGGCCGUUCCUACCUACCUGUGGUCAGCAUACUGCUGCGUAGAUUACGAUCACAAUGCCCCGUUCGAUGAGCGAUCCAAAUUCCCGGCCUUCGCAGCCUAUGGGCUCAACGAGAAAGAAGGAGCGGAGGUCAUCGAGAUGUCUAUAAAGCAGCUGGAAGAUUUUUUGAAGAAGAACACCUUUGUGGACAAGAGGUUUCAGAUUUUCUUUGGAAACUGUGAGCCUAAUGAUUCCAUAAUGGCAGUCAAGACUUAGGUCUUAGAUCUUUCCAGAUCUUUCAAUGGUCAGAAUUGUGUUCUGUAGAAAGAAUAUUCUGCCAUAUGCUCUUAAAUAAAGAUGACAAUUCGAUUUUAAAACCUAAUGACACAGAAAAGCCAUUUUAGAUUCCAGUGAAAACAUUCUUUAGUUCAUCACAAAGCAAUUUUUGCAUCUACACUACUGUUUAAAAGUUUAGGUUCAGUAGGUGUUUUGAAAGAAGUCUAUUGUUGUUUACCAAGGCUGCAUUUAUUUGAUGAAAGUUACAGGAAAGCAGUAAUAUUGUGUAAUGUUAUUACAACUCAAAAUGUUUGUUUUCUAUUUUAAUAUAUUUUAAAACUAAAAUUUUCAUUAGCUGUUUUCAGUGUCACAUGAUCCUUUCAUCAUUUUAAUAUGCUAAUUUGGCACUCACGAAACAUUUCUUAUUAUUAUCAAUGUUGAAUGUUACUAUUUUUUGGAAACCAUUAUCAUUUUUUUUUUUUAAUUAGAAAUUUUGUAACAUUAUAAAUGUCUUUUCUGUCACUUUUGAUGGAUUUAAUGCACCCUUGCUACAUAAAAUACUUUUAUUAAAUACUAACUAAAUGAGUGAAUUAAUAAAUAAAUAACGGACCCCAAACGUUUGAUUGGUGGUAUAUGUGAUUUGAAGAAACUAGAAACCAAUACAUUGAUCUGAAUACAAAAAACACUGAAAAACCUUAAUUUUUAUGUGUGUACUGAACAUGAUUUAAGCAUCAGAACCUGAAGAAUAUUCCUUAAGAUGCAUUUUACUUAACUGUGUAUGAUUGCAGAUGAAAAUUAAAAUAAUUGGAUAUAACACUAUUCACUUUUUGUCUGUUUUUUUUUUUUUUGUUUGUUUGUUUAAUUUGAAGAGUAAACAUCUGUAUCCAUUUUUUAGCCUUGACUGGUAGAAUGAAGUUCCAACUUAAGUUUCAGAAAUAUAUUAUAUCUUCUAAUUAAGAAUAUUUAUCCACGAGAGGACUAAAAAGAGUAAUGAAAUGAGAGAGAUUUAAUGACUAUAAUCAUCUGGGGCCUUAAAGGUUUUAUUAGGUCCAUUAACUUCUUUAUAAAACUGCAACAACUAAAUCUUUUCUCACUUGGUAAGCAUGUUUACUGUGAUUUGUCUGAAUACUGUAACUCUUCUAAAAUAAAA